CUGACACAAGGAAAGAUCGCUGGAUCGACUACUGGUGGUGGUAUCUUGGUGGCUGAGGGAGCGGCAGAGGAGGAGGAGGACGAGAGAAUGGCGGUGGGGGAAACGCAGGAGGAGGCUCUGUGGCGGCAGCAGCAGGAGCAGCGGGCGCAGGAGGAGCGGGAUGGGGGGGCGGCGGGAUGCGAGCUGCUGCCCGUGCGGGACGCAUGCGUGUUUGAAGCCGCGCGGGGCCAGUUCGUGCUCGUCGAACAAGCGACGCGUACACGGGGUUUCCGCUUCACCGCCGCCGACGCGUGGCGCCCCGCAACGGGGAAGCGGCGGAGAACUGGCGACUGCCGUUUCGCUGUCGAUGACACGUGCGCGAUCGUGCAUGCAGGCGGUUGCGGCGACGGGGACCUUCGCACGCGAGACGAGUGCGACUGGAACGGGUCGUCGUUCACCAUUGCACAAAGCGGCGCGAUUAAAGCCGAGAUUGCUGGGGCAACGUUGGAAGACCCCGCAUGGCCCUGUGCGCCCUUCCCCCGCUGCCUGUUUUCCGCCCCCGCUUGCGCGCACACCGUGAUCGCGGGAGAUGUUACGUCGCCGCAGCAGAACAGCCAAGCUGCGCCUCUCCACGUAGCCGCGACCGCUGCGGCUUCCGCCAGUACCGCCGAGAAGCGCGCGGCGGCGUUUAGAAAGAGCGGAGGGGAGUGGAGCACGAGCGGCGCUCUCCACGCGCGGUCUCUGGGGAGCUUCUUCCCCGGCGGGGAGGAGGCUGUGGGCGCAAAUGGCGGAGCGGGGAGCGGAAGCGGAAGCGGAGGAGGAGGGGGAGGGAAUACAUUUUCUGGGGGGGGGCAGGCAUGGGUUAAGCAACACGAGGGCGUGGGGGGCGGAGAAUCGGGAAGGACGGGCAAUGGCGGGAAUGGAGGAAUGAAGAGCGCAGUGGGUGCGGGGGACGGGAUGAAGGCGCGGGCGCAAGUCGGGAGCGGAAUGGCGGGAAUGGCUAAAGACGGGGAAGGGACGCCACAGGCGAGCCUAAGCGGGGGCGCGGGGAGUGUGGCCAACGGGGGAGCGAGUGGAAGCGAGUUCAAGCGGACAAUGGGCGGCCCCGGGUAUUUCAGCGUGACGCGGUUCGGCGCGCAGACGAACGGAUGGGCGGACGCGUCGGGGCCUUUCAGGCGCGCGUUCGCCGCGGCGUGCGGGUACGGCGCGCGGACGAGGCAGCGAGCCAUGGUGCACGUGCCCGGGAACGCGGUGUUUCGGAUAUUCCCGAUGGAGAUCCAAGGGCCGUGCGGCGCUGGACUAAUUGUUCGGAUCGAUGGGGCAAUUCAGGCGUUUUUCAACACGGCGGCGUAUCCGGAACCCGAGAGCAGCAAGACGUGGGCGAUGUUGGGAUUCGACGGAAUUGAUAACCUCGUCGUCGCGGGGAAGGGUUAUUUGGACGGCGCGGGGCGCGCGUGGUGGGGCAAGGGCAAGCGCCCGAUGCUCAUGCAUUUCUCGGAUUGCCGAAACUUGCUUGUAUCGGGGAUCACUUACAGGAAUCCAGGCAAGAUUCACAUGAAGGUGAAGACAAGCACAGGCGUGAUGAUCCGGGGGGUGCGCACACUAGCUCCAUGGAACAGCCCCAACACGGACAGCAUCAGCAUCAGCUCCUCCUCUAAUGUUGUCAUCAAAGACUCGAGACUCGAAUCAGGCGAUGAUGGCGUGGGCAUAGUGGGCAUGACUCGCAACGUGCUUGUGCAGAAUGUCACCUGCAUCAACGGCCAUGGCAUCAGCAUUGGGAGCUUGGGAGCAGAAGGGGCGUUGGGGUGCAUCCAGGGUGUGACUAUACGCGAUGUGACAUUCCGGGGCUCAAACAAUGGCCUGCGCAUCAAGACGUACCAAGGCGGUGUGGGAAUGGUGUCGAAUGUCUCGUAUGACAAUGUGCAAAUGACGGAUGUUACAUAUCCUAUCGUCAUUAAUCAGUUUUACUGCGAUACCAAGAAUGUAGAUGCUUCCAAAUGUGUGCCCCAAGACAACGCAGUAGCCAUUCAAGACAUAUCCUACAACAAUAUCAGAGCAUCUUGUAAUGGAACAGACGGCAUUACCGUCGGCUGCAGCACCACUGUUCCAUGCCGAGACAUCACCCUCACCAAUGUCCGCAUCUUGCCAUCAGACCCCGACAAAACCCUAACUCCGUCGUACACCAACGCAUACGGGAGUUCAGGGAAUGUGCUACCUCUGCCGAUGGGCCCAUUGUACUCGUUAAAGGCAGGGUUCCCAGGUCUUGCAGAGCUUGUUCCCAAUGUAUGGUAA